AUGUCUCGCUCAGCCGCCGACGCAACCCGCUUCACCGCGACAGGGCCCUACGUCGGCCCCAAAGCUCCUUACAAACUACCUGAUCUCAAUAAAUCGAAACAAAAACCGCCGCGUCCAUCCAACAACACCAACGAACCACAAGACCCAAAACAACAAGGACAGCAAGGACAACAAGGUGGACAAGAAACACCACGCCAAAAAGUCGAGCGUCUGCGAGCCCAAGCCCGCGCGGCGCGCCUGUCGCAAAAGUCCAGCUUGGUCGAUCGCAUAAUCGAGCGUGGAGGGAGGGCGGCGAAUGGCGCGCACAAGGUGAUUAUUUACACGCUGAUUGCGGCGUCGGGAGUCUGCGGCGCCCUCACAAUCUACUCCGCCGUCUCCCUGACCAUGUGGAACCGACGCCAGCGCGAGCUCUGGCUCGACCGCCAACUGCAAGACCUGCAAUCCGCGCGCGAAGCCUACGUGGCCGGAACCGCGACGCCGGAACAACUCGAAAUCCUACGAAAUGAAAAAAUCGGCGAGAUUGAGCAACAGAAAAUAAAAGAAACAAAGGAACAGCGGUUGUGGAAUAGGACGAAGCGGUUUCUUUUUGAGGGGAUGAAGAAGGAGGGGGCAUCAGAUGACAAUAAAAAGAUUGGGGUUUUGGAGGCGUUGAAUGCGAGCAAGGCUGAUGAAGUUGCUGCUGCUGCUACUUCCUCCACAGCUGUGUCGAAAGCUGUUCCAGAGCCAGGGCCCCUGGAUGUGCUCGCGGCAAAUGCCGAGACGUCGGCGAAACAGUCAGCCAAGGGCUGGUCAGAUUGGAUAUGGAGGCGAUGA